CGAGUACGUAUGGCACGCAAGUGUCUUUUUUAGCGGAAGUGAAAGCAAAAGAGUUUGUUGCACAGACGCCAUUUCAGGGGCUUCGAAAUGUUUUCUCGUGGCAAGGAAACAUAGAAAUCAAGCCUCUAGGAAGAAGAGAAGCAGAAAACAGCUUGUAAAAUGAGUGUGUAUGAGGAGAGAAAGCAGGAGACUCCUGUUGGCACUCGAAAAGCAGAAUCUUCAGGAUUCAACUCCAUGUAUAAAAAUCCUCCUAAUCUCAGUGAUGGUGAUUCUCAGAGAGCAGGAUCUUCAGGAUUCAGCUGUGUGUCUAUGAAGAGUAACAACUCCAUGUAUAAAAAUCCUCCUAAUCUCAGUGAUGGUGACUCUCAGAGAGCAGGAUCUUCAGGAUUCAGCUGUGUGUCUAUGAAGAGUAACAACUCCAUGUAUAAAAAUCCUCCUAAUCUCAGUGAUGGUGACUCUCAGAGAGCAACAUCUUCAGGAAUCAGCUGUGUGUCUAUGAAGAGUAGCAACUCCAUGUAUAAAAACCCUCCUAAUCUCAGUGAUGGUGUCUCUCAAACAGCAUCUCCAGGAUUCAGCUGUGUGUCUAUGAAGAGUAACAACUCCAUGUAUAAAAAUCCUCCUAAUCUCAGUGAUGGUGACUCUCAGAGAGCAGCAUCUUCAGGAAUCAGCUGUGUGUCUAUGAAGAGUAACAACUCCAUGUAUAAAAACCCUCCUAAUCUCAGUGAUGGUGACUCUCAGAGAGCAGCAUCUUCAGGAAUCAGCUGUGUGUCUAUGAAGAGUAACAACUCCAUGUAUAAAAACCCUCCUAAUCUCAGUGAUGGUGUCUCUCAAACAGCAUCUCCAGGAUUCAGCUGUGUGUCUAUGAAGAGUAACAACUCCAUGUAUAAAAAUCCUCCUAAUCUCAGUGACGGUGACUCUCAGAGAGCAGGAUCUUCAGGAUUCAGAUGUGUGUCUAUGAAGAGUAACAACUCCAUGUAUAAAAAUCCUCCUAAUCUCAGUGAUGGUGACUCUCAGAGAGCAGCAUCUUCAGGAAUCAGCUGUGUGUCUAUGAAGAGUAACAACUCCAUGUAUAAAAAUCCUCCUAAUCUCAGUGACGGUGACUCUCAGAGAGCAGGAUCUUCAGGAAUCAGCUGUGUGUCUAUGAAGAGUAACAACUCCAUGUAUAAAAAUCCUCCUAAUCUCAGUGAUGGUGAUUCUCAGAGAGCAGCAUCUUCAGGAAUCAGCUGUGUGUCUAUGAAGAGUAACAACUCCAUGUAUAAAAACCCUCCUAAUCUCAGUGAUGGCGUCUCUCCAACAGCAUCUUCAGGAUUCAGCUGUGUGUCUAUGACGAGUAUCAACUCCAUGUAUAAAAAUCCUACUAAUCUCAGUGACGGUGACUCUCAGAGAGCAGCAUCUUCAGGAUUCAGCUGUGUGUCUAUGAAGAGUAACAACUCCAUGUAUAAAAAUCCUCCUAAUCUCAGUGAUGGAGCUGCUGUGAGAAUGAUUGACCCUGUUAUCAUCAGCAAGAAGAGAAAGAGAGCAGCUUCUUCACCGCAGCCCCCUGAUCACAAUGAUGAAUCAGUGCCCUUUGAUCCUGUUGGUGGGAGAGCUGAUCAGAAGAGAUAUGUGUCCUGUCAGACCUGCACAUCCUCUUACUGUCACUGUCACAUCAGUCAUCAUGACACAGAAGCAGAUCUGCAGCUCAAUUCUCACCAACCAGUGUAUGAUGAUCUGCAGAGAGUCAAAGACCAGCACAAAACCAGCAUGAAGAACAAGUAUAAGACCUUAUUUGAGGGAAUCAAACUACAAGAGAAUCAAACCCUCCUGAACAGGAUUUACACACAGCUGUUCAUCAUAGAGGGAGAGAGUGAAGGGGUGAAUGAAGAACAUGAGGUGCUGCAGAUGGAGAAAAGUUACAGGACACUCCAAGACACUCCAAUCAACUGCAAUGACAUCUUUAAUCCUUUACCUGAACAAGGAUAUGAGGAGAUGAGAAGAGAGAAGAAAGACAAAAUAAAGACCAAAAUAAAGACUGUUCUUACUAAAGGCAUCGCUGGAAUUGGAAAAACCGUCUCUGUGCAGAAGUUCAUUCUGGACUGGGCUGAGGGAAAAGUCAAUCAGGAUGUAGAUUUCAUGUUUGUGCUUACAUUUCGAGAGCUGAACUUAAUUAAAGAUCAUAAGUACAGUCUUCACAGAUUUCUGCUUGACUUUCAUCCUGAGCUUCAAGAUCUGGACUCACGGAUUUAUAAUGAAUGUAAAGUUGUGUUCAUCUUUGAUGGUCUGGAUGAAAGCAGAAUUCCAUUAUCAUUUUCAGACAGUCAGAAAGUUUCUGAUGUGACUGAGAUUUCAUCAGUGGGUGUGUUGAUGUCAAACCUCAUGAGAGGAGAUCUGCUUCUCUCUGCUCUCAUCUGGAUCACCACCAGACCAGCAGCAGCCAAUCAGAUCCCCUCUAAAUACAUCAACCGUGUGACAGAAAUUCAGGGAUUCAGUGACACUCAGAAGGAGGAAUAUUUCAGGAAGAGAAUCAGUGAUGAGCAUCAAGCCAGCAGAAUCAUCUCACACAUCAGAAGAGCAAGAAGCCUCCACAUCAUGUGUCACAUACCCGUCUUCUGCUGGAUCUCAGCUACUGUGCUUCAAAACCUCCUGAAACAAGAUCUCAGUGCAGAAAUCCCUCAAACUCUGACUGAAAUGUACAUCUACUUCCUGCUCAUUCAAACACGUAUGAGGAACCAGAAGUAUGAAGAGAGGGAUCCAGAGAAACUCCUGCAGUCCAACAGAGAAGUGAUUGUGAAACUUGCUGAAGUAGCUUUCAAUCAGCUGAUGAAGGGCAAUGUAAUCUUUUAUGAGGAGGACCUGAGAGAGAGCGGCAUAGACGUCACUGAUGCCUCAGUGUAUUCUGGGAUUUGCACUGAGAUCUUUAGGGAGGAAUCUGUGAUUAAUCACAGGAAGGUUUACAGCUUUGUACAUCUGAGUUUUCAGGAGUUUUUUGCAGCACUGUAUGUGUUUUACUGCUAUUUACACAAGAACAGUGAGAUUCUGAAAAUGUUCCUGACAGGAAAGUCUAGAGCUCAGUGUGAGAAUGUUACUCUGGAUGAGUUUCUGAAGGGAGCAAUGAAUAAAGCCUUGGUGAGUAAAAAUGGACACUUGGAUCUUUUCCUUCGAUUUCUUCAUGGCAUCUCACUGGAGUCCAAUCAGAGACUCUUACAGGAUGUACUGAUACACACAGAGAACAACCCAGAGAGCAUCAAGAAAAUAAUCCAAAACCUCAAAGAAGAUCAACAAAAAGAUGUCAGCCCUGACAGAUGGAUGAAUCUGUCACACUGCUUGAUUGAGAUGAAGGAUAACUCUGGUCUUGAAGAAGUGCAGGCAUUUUUAAACUCCAAAACAAAUGAUAAAAAUCUUACACUUGCACAGUGCUCAACUUUGGCCAGCAUGAUCCUGAUGUCAGAGGAGGUGCUGGAUGAGUUAGACCUUAAACAGUACAACAUCAAAUCAAAUGAGGGCAGAUGGAGACUGUUACCUGCUGUGAGGAACUGCAGAAAAGCUUUUUUGGCAGGCUGUAAUCUCACUGACCAGCACUGUGAAAUUCUGGCUUCUGUUCUGCAAUCACCAAAGAACACCCUGAGAGAGCUGGACCUGAGUAACAAUCAUCUGCAGGAUUCAGGAGUGAAACUGCUCACUGCUGGACUGAAAAGUCCAAACUGUCAACUCAACAUAUUGAGCCAUUUUGUGUCCACUUCUUUCUGCAAAUUGGAUCCGUCCUCAAGGACAACCCCCCGGCCACUAGUAUUUUCACCAGCUAAAAAAUGGUUUAAAGAAUCUGACAACAGCCAGUGCUCCACACUGAGAUCUGUUCUCACCAUCAUCCAGUCUGUCUCUGGAAUGACAUGAAGAAACAGAAAGACUGAGACAGACUAAAUCCAGAAGAACUGUGGCAACAUCUCCAAGAUGUUUCAAGAAAGAUACCUGCAAAGCUACCUGAAAAACUAUGCACAAGUGCACAUAGGGCAAAAGCUGCUUUAAACGCAAAGGAUGGUCACAACAAAUGCUUAUUUAUUUUAGUUAAUAGAAGUUUUUUUGGUAAAGAAAAUCUUUUUAUGACAGUUUUUGACAGCAUCCUCAUUUUAUGUGCCUAACUGGCUAAAACUGUAGCUUUGUAGGUACAGAUCUGGCCACUGAGAAUGCGUCUUUUUUCACGCGGCAUCCUGCAAUUCGUCACGCGUGAUCACGGAGCUCCCUGCAGGCGCUAUUUCAGAUUUUUUGUAAACGUUGUGCUUCACACAAUAUCCACCAGGUGGCGCAAGGAACAACAUUCUGUAGUUAAACACCACGGCCAGGGCCGUGUUAACCAUUGGGCUAGGCGGGGCUAAAGCCCUGGGGUCCGAGCAAGGAGGGGGGGCCGUGAUUGGCUGUGGAGUAAAUUUACAGGCCAUGUCAGCGAAGAUCGCCAAAGCGCCACCACCCCUCGCACAUGUUAGAAGCUUUUCCAUAAAUUACAUAUUACCAUUACAGAUUAAAACGUCACGUUUGAAUUUGGUUUACCAAUUAAAAUGCAUUUAUUGUGUAUUUUACUUUUGAAGGACCAUGCACGAAUUUAUCAGGUGAUCGCUUCACCAAAUGUCCGCAUUCAACUCUCUUCACUUCGUUCUGGAAUAAUCUGAAAAUAGCUACGCAAUAGAACAAUCUUCGAUAAUUAAAAAUAAAAAAAAAAAUAUAUAUAAUAAUAAUAGUAAUAGAACACACCAUUGUAAAGGGGGGCUGAGUUAGUCAAAUCCCCAGCUAGGUUAUUUUAGUGUUGUGGCAUUUAAGCAUUGUGGUUUAAAAACAAAUGUAACUGUUCAGGGAUGGCAAGGCAGAAUUUAUUUUAGCAAAAUUACGGUUACAUGUUACGUGAUAAGCGCACUGCGCACCUGCUUAUACUACUGUUUCAGCUAUUAAAAUGGCUCCGUUUUUAUGUAAUGGCAGCGUGAUUUCAUUUCAUUUUAUUUUUUCUUAAGUUAAUUCAGAAAAACGUUAUUUGUUCGCUAAAUUUACGUUUUUGUUUUUAAAAGUAACGACCAAGCGGCCAGCGGAAGACUGAUCAUAGUCUGUUUGAUCAAUUUUGCCUUCUCAAAUCAUCAUGACUUGCCUAAAAUAAAAGCAAUAAAUAUAAAACAGUUCAGGUAUAAAAGAAUGUUAUAAUAUUUAAACCUAGAUAAAUGUGUGCUAUAAGGCGCAUCUCCAAUCAUUUGUGCGGAGAGUGGAAGCUGAAGCCGCUUUGCAGGACAUGGAGGCGCCAGCGCAAUUACUCGCAUUUUUUUCAGUGGAAAUAAUUUAAAAAUAUUCCGUAAUUUUUGCUCAUAAAGGUAAGAGUAAUACAUUAUUCGGAACUAUAAAGUGUCUACUUUUAUUUGUGUGCACUCACAAUAUCAACAAAACGUUAGGAGUGCUUUUAUUUAUAAAAUAAAGAAAACAAACAUGAUGUGCUUUCUGUGGUCCCAACAGGAGCGCUUCACAAAAAUAAAUAGAAACUCAGCGAAUACAUACCUGACAGACAUGAUAAAUAUAUCUAUAGAAAGCUUUAAAUUAUUACUUAACGAAAUAAAUCAAAAACAAAAUCCCUUUCAUUACAUAAUCUGCUAAUUUAUAUAAACAUAUUAUUUACAUUAUUUUACAUUAUUUAAACAUAUAAACGUGCUAUUUGUAUUAUUUGUAAACGCACACUUUAUUGUGCUUUCCGCAUGCAUGGUCGAUAUGUUGGCUACUAUAGGCUAUAGCUAGUCAAGUCAGCAUGCUGAUUUAAUUAGUCUUACUAAAAGUAAAUUAAAAACAACAAAUUGAGUGAUGCAAAAGUGAUCAUUCAUGCAUAUUUUCAUAAAGUACAUUUUGUUUUCGACUUGACAGUUUAUUUCAGUUCCGCAUUUCAAGCUGCUUAAUGUAGCCUAGCCUAGUUGGACAAUGUUUCUAUUCUAUUCUACUAUUAUGACAAUAAAUAAAUCGUAUGCUAUUUAUAUAUAUAUAAAUUAAGUGUAUGCGCCGGCGUGCUCGUCCAAGGCUAAUUUAUCAUGUCAGAAUUAAACCCCUAUUUUAGAAGAAUGCCACUCUGUCAGGCGUCCCACAACUCUUAUUUAUAAACGUCUAUAUUUUAUACCAAAUAAAUGAAGUCAUGGUCGAGAUGUUGCUCUGAAUUUUUUUUUUGCCUUUUUUUUGGCUGAAAUGUAUUUUAUAAUUUCCAUAUCAUUUUAUUUUUAAGUGUUUUGAAUGUAUUUCUCCUUUUUUUUUUUUUUUGCCUAUUUUAUAAUAUUUGCUUGAAUCUUUAAGGGUGUAUUUUGAUGUUUCAUUUUGAAGGGCUUUGAGAUGUUACAUUUAAAGGCGCGAGAAAUUAAGAAUUAUAUUAUUAUUAUUAUGAAAUUAUUAAAUCAGCUAGCUGUAGUUUUCUUAUUUAAAUUACUUAAAUAUAUGAAUGUUAAUGUCAUUAAAAUCUGCCUCCCAGUGCUGUUAUGUGAAUAUGAGGCGAAUAUGGAAACACUGAUUCCUGCUGAAUGACAUAGGGCUUUUGUUUCACUUUAAAUUAAUUCGUUUUUGGCUUGACAUUUAUAUAGCCUGAAUACUGUUAACUUUAGACAAUUUGAAUGCAACUUAAGCGAACGCAAUUUCAGCGAAUGUUGCUUGGGCACUUUCCCAUUGAGAAUGGGUAACAAAUUUAGAUCGGUCGUGAGCCCUGUGUCUCACGAUGUUUGGGCCCCCAACCCCCGUCUUAGGUUUUGCAACCCUUGAAAGUCCAAGAAUUAACCUCAAUUAAUUUAAUUGUUAAUGAGAGGGGGUUGUUUGUAGGCAUUGCCAAAACUGGCCAAACCACCUUCCACCUCCCCCACCCUAUGAAUAAAGGUGAGAAGAGCAGGCUUGGCUAGAAUUGGGUGCAAGUAAGAUGCUUUAGGCUGAAAUGUCCAGCAGACAAGCGAUAUGCAUAUUUAUACUUAAUAAAUAAAUAAUAAUCAUUUAGACUUUUUUUUUAUUGAAAAAUGUAAAACAUUUAGGCCUAAUUAAUCAAAUUAAAGUGACAAAGUAAAAAAAAAAUAGUUGAAGAAAAUGUUCUUUUAGAAUUACAUCUUUUCUCAGGUAGAAUGAAUGUUUCAUGCCUUUUGGUUUUUUUUUUUUUUUUUUU